AUGGAAACAAAAGAAGAGAAUUACUUGGAACAGUCAAUGUCGAGAGAGAGCUUGGGAAGCUUGACGUUGACGUUGCACUUCUUCGGCAGCUUGGACGCGGCUGACAAAUCGACCCCCGGGACCAAAUUCACCAUCGACUUCAGGCACUGGCAGAUCGCCACCCGAUUCGACUUCGCCUUGGAGUACGGCUGCAGCGCCUUCACCCCGCUGCAGCAAUCUUUCGCCGGGUCCCCGCGUCCGGUGAAGUACGGGAUGCACGGCUGCAGCUCGUCGUACACCGUGGAGCACGCCGGCGGCGCCGGCUCGUUGGCGCCCAUUACUCCGACGAUGGUGGCUACGACCAAGAUAACCACGGCUGCCGAGUAG